AUGAAAGAAGAUAAAAUAACAAGAAUAUUAAAUUGCAAUUAUAAAGAAUUUGUAAAUAUAUAUAAAGAUCAAGCAGGUCAAAAUGACUAUCAUUUAAAAAGAGGCGAUAUCAAUAUCAAGUUUACCAAUUGGACCACCAUUACUAAUACAGGAUCAUUAAAUAAAGAUUGUGACAAUGAAGAAAGAUCGAUUACAUUUCAAGCACCAAUCAAUGCACCCCAAUCAGUUUUAAAAAUUAUUGGUAAAAACGCAACAACCAUAAACGAAAAUCAAAAAUUAUCAGUAAAUAAUAAAUCAAAGAGUAUCGAUAUCAAGACAUUUUACCAACCAGAUAUUAUGGGUGAAUAUUUUAGCGUAGAGACUGAAUGGCAUUUAAAAACAAUAGAUCCAGAGAAAUGCUCAUUGGAAUUAGUUAUUCGUGUUACAUUCAAUAUGAAAUUUGUUGGUAAUCUAUUUGAAGUUUUUAUUAUUAAAGCAGCCUCCGAAUCAGCAAUACAAUAUGUCGAUAUUGUCGAAGAUUAUUUAGAAAAAUUAAAUAUUGAAAAGAGAAAACAAUAUCAACAACAACAACAGCAACUAGCUCAACAGCAAUUAUUAUUAGAGCAACAAGCUGAACAACAGAUAUUACAACAGCAACAGCAACAGCAACAACAACUACAAAAUAAAAAGAAAAAUGAAAAGGCACAUAAAAAUAAUCAGCAACAGAAACAACAAAUAAAAUCUAAAGUUUUCAAACCCUCAAUUAAACCAUAUCAAAAUUGGUCAGUAGAUUGCAAUAUAGACCAAGUUAAAAAAGAUUUAAAUAAAGAUCUUGAAUAUUUAAAAUCCAAUUCUUUAGAUGCAUCACAGGGAUUAUUAAAAGUAGAAAUAUCCUUAUCGGAAAUGAAAUCUGAAGAGUUACAACUUCAACAUAAUGUAAAUAAUAAUAAUAAUCAACUUUCACACUCUAUUUCAAACUCAUCAUUAUUAAACUCAUCAGGGGAUUCAUCAAAUUCAUCUUCGUUUUUAUCACCAUUUAGUCUAAGUUUAUUGGAUAAAAAUAAACAAAUUCAGCAAAACCAACCACAACAGCUAUCAUUACAAACCCAACAUUUAAAUAUUCAACAGCAAUUAUAUUUAUUCCAACAAUAUCAACAACAAAACCAACAAACUUUAUCAAACAAUAGUCAAACCAAUCAACAUAUUCAACUUUUACCACAUUUACAAAUCCAGUAUUUACAGCACCAACAACAAUACCUCCAGCAACAGCAACAGCAGCAAAACUACUUAAAUUUACAAAAUCAAUACCAACAACAGCAACAUCAAAAUAUACCAAAUUUAAUAAAACAAGUAGAAAUAAACAACAAAGUAUUGAAAGACCAAAGAAUAGAAUCAGAAGAGCGUAUAGAAGAAGAAAUUCAAUCAAUUUCGGACUACUUUGAUGAUAUGAUUAAACUUCAAGAAGAUUCAAAACCCUGGCUCCCAUCAUUCAUUAAUAUUUCUCUAAUUGUUGCUAUUUUAGCUGUUAUACUAUCUAUAUUUUCAAAUAAAAACUCAAAAAGAAAUAGAUAUUAAAAAAAUAUUUAAUAUUAUUUUUUUUUUAACCAAUC